CCAGCCACUCAUCUCAGGUGAACGAGGAACUGCUAAAAGCAACAAAACAUGCGUGAAUGUAUCUCCGUCCAUGUUGGCCAAGCUGGAGCUCAGAUAGGCAAUGCCUGCUGGGAGCUCUACUGCCUGGAGCAUGGCAUCCAGCCGGAUGGUCAGAUGCCCAGUGACAAGACCAUCGGAGGAGGAGACGACUCCUUCAACACCUUCUUCAGUGAGACUGGAGCUGGCAAACAUGUUCCCAGAGCUGUCUUUGUGGACUUGGAGCCAACAGUCAUUGAUGAGGUCCGUACAGGAACAUACCGCCAGCUCUUCCAUCCUGAGCAGCUGAUCACCGGAAAGGAAGACGCAGCCAACAACUACGCUCGUGGUCACUACACCAUCGGCAAGGAGAUCAUCGACCUGGUUCUUGACAGGAUUCGUAAACUGGCUGACCAGUGCACAGGGCUCCAAGGGUUCCUCAUCUUCCACUCCUUCGGAGGAGGAACCGGCUCUGGCUUCACCUCUCUGCUGAUGGAGCGUCUCUCUGUUGAUUACGGCAAAAAGUCCAAACUCGAGUUUGCCAUCUACCCAGCCCCCCAGGUGUCCACCGCCGUGGUGGAGCCCUACAACUCCAUCCUGACCACCCACACCACCCUGGAGCACUCCGACUGCGCCUUCAUGGUGGACAAUGAGGCCAUCUACGACAUCUGCCGCAGGAACCUGGACAUCGAGCGCCCCACCUACACCAACCUCAACAGGCUGAUUGGACAGAUCGUCUCCUCCAUCACCGCCUCCCUGCGCUUCGACGGCGCCUUGAACGUGGACCUGACGGAGUUCCAGACCAACCUGGUGCCCUACCCUCGUAUCCAUUUCCCUCUGGCCACCUACGCCCCGGUUAUCUCCGCAGAGAAGGCCUAUCACGAGCAGCUAUCAGUGGCUGAGAUCACAAACGCCUGCUUCGAGCCCGCCAAUCAGAUGGUGAAAUGCGACCCUCGCCACGGCAAGUACAUGGCCUGCUGUCUCCUGUACCGCGGUGAUGUAGUGCCCAAAGAUGUCAACUCUGCCAUCGCCACCAUCAAAACAAAGCGCACCAUCCAGUUUGUGGACUGGUGUCCCACAGGCUUCAAGGUGGGCAUCAACUACCAGCCUCCCACUGUGGUUCCUGGAGGAGACCUGGCCAAGGUGCAGCGGGCCGUGUGCAUGCUGAGCAACACCACCGCCAUCGCCGAGGCCUGGGCUCGCCUCGACCACAAGUUUGACCUGAUGUACGCCAAGAGGGCCUUCGUCCACUGGUACGUCGGAGAGGGGAUGGAGGAGGGAGAGUUCUCGGAGGCCAGAGAGGACAUGGCUGCCCUGGAGAAGGAUUACGAAGAGGUGGGCACUGACAGCGUCGGGGACGAAGGAGAGGAAGAGGGCGAGGAAUAUUAAGUUUAAAAUAAACAAACCAACACUGAUUUGGUUCUUUUAAGCUGUCAGAAUACUCUGAACAAAUUCAUUCAUUAUUUAAUGGCCUCCUGUUAGUUAAAAAAAUCUCAUUGUGUGAAAAUCAACUGGUCUGAUUUGCAGUAACUUUGACUUUUAGCUAAAAAUUCAUGCCUGUAGGUGCUAAAAUUCCUCAUCUUUGCCUCAUUUCAAUGCAUUGCUGCAUAACCGAGCUCUGUUUUACCAUUGUAUUACCAGUUUAAGGCUUGUAUAACAAGAGUAGUGCCUGAUCAGUUAAACCCUACUGUUUACAAAUUCCUCACCCCCAAUUAAGUCAAGGAAUAUAUUCCAUAUUUGACAGCUAUUUAUUAGUGCAUGUGAAGCCCUGAAUGAUUUGCAAAAUUCAUGAAGCUAUCUAGAGAUUAAGAGAAAUCCAGUGUCAAUAUAUCUUUCUUGUAUCAUUGUCUUGAAACAAUAAACUGAGACAUGUUUCCAUU